CUUUCAGGUAGAUCAGCAGCCUCACGAUGUGUGGUAUCUGGGCUCUGUUUGGGAGCGAUGAAUGCCUUUCUGUGCAGUGUCUGAGUGCCAUGAAGAUAGCACACAGGGGCCCUGAUGCGUUUCGUUUUGAGAACGUCAAUGGAUUCACCAACUGUUGUUUUGGUUUCCACCGCCUUGCAGUCGUUGAUCAGUUAUAUGGUAUGCAGCCCAUCCGGGUAAAGAAAUUCCCAUAUUUGUGGCUGUGUUAUAAUGGAGAAAUCUACAAUUUUAAACAGUUACAGAAGCAGUUUGGAUUUGAAUAUCAAACGUUAGUGGAUGGUGAGGUUAUCCUUCACCUUUACAACAGAGGAGGAAUAGAACAAACAGCAUCCAUGCUAGAUGGUGUGUUUGCUUUCAUCCUUCUGGACACCGCAAACAGAAAAGUGUUCCUGGCGAGAGAUACCUAUGGAGUCAGACCUCUGUUUAAGGUGCUGACUGAUGAUGGAUUUUUGGGUGUCUGUUCCGAGGCAAAAGGACUCAUCAACUUAAAGCAUUCAACAUCCUCAUGUCCUAAAGUGGAACCAUUUCUCCCGGGUCAUUACGAAGUGUUGGAUUUAAAGCCCUCUGGCAAAGUUGCGUCAGUGGAAUUAGUAAAAUUUCACAGCUGUAAAGAUGAACAGCUCCAAAAAAAAACGCUCCAUGUCGCGUGUGAUACGGUGGAAGCUCUGCCUUCAGGCUUUGAUCUUGAAACGGUGAGAAGCAACAUCCGUAUUCUGUUUGAAAAUGCUGUUAGAAAACGUUUGAUGGCUCACAGAAGGAUUGGCUGUCUUCUGUCAGGGGGCUUAGAUUCCAGCUUAGUCGCAGCUGUUCUCCUGAAGCUGAUGAAGGAAAUCAACAUCAGUUAUCCCUUGCAAACCUUCGCCAUUGGAAUGGAGAACAGUCCCGACUUACUGGCUGCCAGAAAGGUGGCAGCACAUAUAGGCAGUGAGCAUCAUGAAGUAAUAUUUAAUUCUGAAGAGGGGAUUCAGGCGAUAGAGGAUGUUAUCUUCUCCUUGGAAACCUACGAUAUAACAACAAUAAGAGCUUCGAUCGGUAUGUUUCUUGUCUCCAAAUAUAUACGGAAGAAAACGGAUAGCGUGGUCAUUUUUUCGGGAGAAGGAUCAGAUGAGCUGACACAAGGAUAUAUAUAUUUCCACAAGGCACCAUCUCCCGAAGAAGCCGCAGAAGAGAGCGAGAGGCUGCUGAAGGAGCUCUACCUCUUCGACGUCCUUCGUGCGGACAGAACUACUGCAGCACACGG